GCGUUCAGUGCCGGGUUAGCGCGAGGCCAGCGGUCUGUGGUUGCCAAUCAGUUCUCAAGAAAUGCGCAUGCGCCGUCAAAGGGACGCGCAUCACGGUGAACCUUGACCUGAAGACCUUUCCUCCCCCUCCCUCGCCGAGAAGAUGGCACUCUCCAGGCUGUGCUGGACUCGAGCUGCUCUGCGGGGUUCGGCGGUCACCCCUCGACCUUAUGUCACGCGGAGGCCGCAGCUUGUUCGCUCUGGACCGGCCUGGGGAGCCCCCUGGUCUUCAAAGCUUCACCUUUCCCCGAAGGCAGAUGUGAAGAGCUUAAUCUCUUACGUGGCGACUAAGACAAAAGCGAUCAAUGGGAAAUACCAUCGGUUUUUGGAACGUAAUUUCCCCCGCUUCUAUCUCCUGUACACCACCUUCACAAAAGGAUUGCAGAAGUUAUGGGCUGAUGCCAAAAAGUCUAGAAGAAUAAAGGCAGAUAUGGUGAAGCACAAUGUAAAGUUUCAUCAACUUUCAUACCGGGAGAUGGAGCAUUUGAGACAGUUUCGUCGAGAUGUCACCAAGUGUUUUUUUCUGGGUAUUAUUUCCAUUCCACCCUUUGCCAACUACCUGGUCUUCUUGCUAAUGUACCUGUUUCCUAGGCAACUGCUGAUCAGACAUUUCUGGACCCCAAAGCAACAAAUUGAUUUCUUACAUAUCUAUCAUGAUAUCCGGAAAAAGUCCCACCCAGAAGUCCUUUCUUAUUUGGAAAAAGUUAUCCCUCUCAUUUCUGAUGAAGGACUCCGGUGGCAUAUGACAGAGCUGUGCACCAAGAUACGGCGUGGUACCCACCCAGCAAUACAAGAGAUCCUAGCUCUGAGAAAGAGUUUCUCUAACCAUCCUCUGGGCAUGAAUCAACUCCAUGCUUCGCAAAUAAAAGCCUUGAGUCGAGCCAUGCUUCUCACAACUUACCUGCCUUCUCCCUUGUUAAGACAUCGUUUAAAGACUCAUACCACUGUGAUUCAUCAACUAGACAAGGCUUUGGCAAAGCUGGGGAUUAACCAGCUGACUGAUCAGGAAGUGAAAUCGGCUUGUUAUCUUCGUGGCUUGAAUUCUACCCUUAUUGCUGAAGAGCGGUGUCGAACUUGGCUGGCAGAAUGGCUGCAGAUUUCCUGCAACCUGAAAGGGAGAGUGGAAGGAAGGGGGAGAGACAACAUCGAUGUGAGACAUCAAUUGGUGGAGCCUACAACCGAGGUCCAUGCCCUUGACCAGAAUCAAGCCACGACCCUUCAGUCCCAGGGCCGACACUCUAACCACUGAACCAAAUUGGCUAGGGCCCAAAUCCUCUUUACCAUCAAAAUGCUCCACUGACUUCACCCCGCUGCCCUUAGGAGUGUCAUUUCUGUUAGGUUAAUGUUUGUGCACUAUGGUGCAGCAAGGAUUGCUGGCUGCUUACUCCAUUCUCCUUCACCCUUUUAUCUAUGUCUUUCCCCUUCCACUCCGGGAAUGCUGGUUUCUGGGCAAUGACAAAGGGUAGGUAAGGACGAAAAAUAAAAAGAUGUGAAACCCACGAGAAAAAUAUUUUCCUUAAAAUGCCUGAGAAUAAUCUAUGGCUAUGUGUGUAAAUAACAUGCAUACUAGUCCUCUUCACCCUACACAGGGUCUGUUAGCAUCAUGUUCUCUGACAUUAACUCCAUUAUUAAAAUAAAAUAACUCCGUCGAUUCUGUCCUGACAACCAAUGUAAGUUUAAAUUUCAGUCCAGGUCUCCUUGUCCAGCUCUCUGGUGUGAACGUAACUUGUUAGAUAAAGAUGUUCACUGGGCACCAAGAAUAAACCGGGAGAGCUUUUGCUUUACAACUAGAAUAGGUUCCACAUUUCCCAAUUUAUCAAAUCAACCUCCUUUCAAACCACAAUUAGAAACCAGUCGUUCCCACCUCUCAACUGGCAGAGGAUCGAUGUGUGUGCUCAAGAGAAACACUUAUAAGUUAUGCUCCCAGCACUUAAACCCAUACAGAACUAAUCAAGGUGAGACUAGCAAUGCAGGCAAUAACUGACAGUUACCUGUCACAGUGCGCAGCUCAAACAACAAAUGCUUUUGAGAAAACAAUGCAGACCUCUAUAAAAGCUUUAAAAUGCCAGUGAAAUGAAAGGUCAACUGACACUUUCUGGCUACAUGCUUUUCAGUCUCUUCUCAAGUGUUUCAGGCUGAACAUUUCCCAGAGGUUUCCACAGAACGUAGAAGCUAUUAGGCUGGCACCAAACAAAAUAGAUCUACAGCGUAUGUGCACUUCAGCACUAGAUCUAAGCCUUUCCAGGCCUAUGAGGAUUCCUUUAAAACCAGAAUAUGAGACUAGCAAAAGGGACCCUCACCCAAUUUUGUGGAUGCAGAAUAUAUUUGCAAAGUUUAGGUAUUUUAAGCCUCUCUCUUAAAUGAAUUAAAAAAAGAAAAUA